AUGGAAGUAUGGUCAGAUGUAUCCAAUGACCUUAUAGGAAUUUUAUGUUUACCGGAUAAUGUUUUUUUUCUGGGAGUCGAAGGAUUAGGGUCAUUCCUCCUUAUUCGAAACUGCUAUAAAAAACUCGUUAAGAUGUUUGAUCGUGAUAUAUCUAAAUUUGGAUGUGUUAUUACAGGUACACCCGGCAUAGGAAAAACGUAUUUUGGGCUGUAUCUUCUAUAUCGUAUUCGUUUAUGUCAUCCAGAUGCCACGAUUGUCUGGCAAUUAGCCAAUUCGGAUACUCACCAAUGCUAUCAAUUUAUGCCAGACGGUAAAGUUCUAGUUGGAGGCAUAGCACAAUUUUAUGAUGCACUUUCGAACAAGAACAACUAUUACAUUGUAGAUGCUCAGAAACCUGAGCAAAGUAGCGCAUAUGUUAUUCUGUUGACGUCUCCGAAAGCAGAGUUAUACAACUCCUUAUGGAAGUCAGAAGGUAUUACCAAGUACUACAUGCCGAUCUGGAACGAUGAAGAAAUAAUUACACUAUGGAACGUCCGUUAUAAGGAAAUGAGGGGCGAAAAUGGAGAUACAUUUACAUAUGAAAAACUUGAGAUGUUGAUGGGAAGAUGGGGUUUAAUACCUCGAAUUCUUAAAAAGUGGAAAGAUGAGUUAUAUAGCGAAACAGAGUUUGAUAAACUGAUCGAUGAAGUUGAUCUUAUGAAGUGUUUAAAGUCUGUCAACGAGAAAGGAAUGUCAAAGGACUCUGCAAGUGGCAGACUUAUUCAUAUUAUU